CAUACUGCUCUCCUGAAGUUUUGUUUUCCUUCAUAAUUUCUCGGCUGUAACAUAAAGGAGAACGUUGUCAUGCCGUUGCAAGUACACGACGUUCAGCAAAAUGUUGUGGAGCCUAUGCAAGUCGAUGCUUCAGCAGAAGACAACGACAACUCAGAAGAAGAGCCAUAUAUUGUUGAAAAUCCAACACUAGAUUUGGAAGUCUAUGCUAACAGCUACACAGGUCUUGCCAAAUUAUAUAGGCUUAUAUAUAUAGCUGAUCAUUGUCCAAUGUUAAGGAUAGAAGCAUUGAAAAUGGCUAUAUCUUAUGUGAUGACAACAUAUAAUGUUUCCCUUUAUGUGAUAUUACACAAAAAAUUAGUAGAAGCUGUAGGAUCACUUGGAUUGCCAGAUGUUGCAGCACAAUCAACGUCUCAGGACAUGUUAACCUUAGAUCAAGCUUGGGUUGAUUCUCGCUCCAAAAAAGCUGCCUUAAAAUUAGAAAAAUUUGAUACAGACCUUAAAAAUUAUAGAAGUAACUCAAUUAAAGAAAGCAUCAGAAGAGGUCAUGACGAUCUAGGAGAUCAUUAUUUAGAUUGUGGAGACCUUAUUCAUGCCUUGAAAUGUUAUUCCAGAGCAAGGGAUUAUUGUACCAGUGGCAAACAUGUUGUUAAUAUGUGUUUAAAUGUUAUCAAAGUCUCUGUUUAUUUACAAAAUUGGGCUCAUGUACUGAGCUAUGUAACAAAGGCUGAAAGUACACCAGAUUUUUCUGAUGUUCAUGCCAAAGAUAACAACCAAUCUAUAAUUACAAAAUUAAAAGUCGCCGCUGGCCUAGCGGACUUAGCAACAAGAAAAUAUAAGAUGGCCGCGAGACACUUUUUACAAGCGUCGUUGGAUCACUGUGAUUGCCCUGAACUAUUGUCUCCUGGAAAUGUUGCUUUGUAUGGUGGACUUUGCGCUUUGGCCACAUUUGAUAGACAUGAAUUACAGAAACAAGUCAUCUUUAGCAGUUCCUUUAAAUUGUUCCUAGAAUUGGAACCACAGUUAAGAGACAUCAUCUUUAAAUUCUACGAGUCAAAAUAUGCAUCAUGUUUAAAAUUACUGGAUGAAAUAAAAGAUAACAUACUUCUAGAUAUGUACAUAGCACCGCACGUCAAUGUAUUAUAUACACAAAUUCGAAAUAGAGCAUUAAUACAGUAUUUCAGUCCAUAUUUGAGCGCGGAUAUGAGACGUAUGGCAACUGCUUUUAACAGGACGGUCCCAGAGUUAGAGGACGAGCUCAUGCAAUUAAUUCUUGAUGGUCAGAUACAAGCUCGUAUAGAUUCUCAUAACAAAAUUUUGUAUGCAAAAGAUGUCGAUCAACGUAGCACAACUUUUGAGAAAUCUAUGAGCGUUGGAAAGGAAUAUCAAAGACGUACGCGCAUGUUGAUAUUAAGGACUGCAAUGUUGAAGCAACAAAUUCAAGUGAAGAGUCCACAACGUGAUAGUACUCAAGGGGGAGAGAUGUCAGCCACCUGGAAACAAUAG